GUUGGGGUGCGCGCUACUUAAGGUCCUGCUGCGUGAGCCACUGACGUGUUCGGAGCUGGAGCCGGCUCCGCGCUGGUGGUGUGGCCGCCCGUGGUGAGUGGUCUCCGGCCCGUCCCUCCCUCCGCGGCCAGCCCCCGGCGGCCCCCGGGCGAGGACCGACCGAACCGUCCGCCGCGCGCUCCCGUCGCAGCUCGAGCCACACGAUUCGUCCGGCCGGGGCAGCGGAAGGUGACCCCGUGCAGGUUUACGGCGUGGUGUGUUUCUUCUUCCGGAUUUAACACUUCCAGACCGAGACUCCGAGCAGCUUGGGGACCUGGACUUGUUGGGUAACGUGCCCUUCCCCCACGACGGAUCAAAGCUACGAGGAGAGUGGGAAUCAGGAACUCCUUUGUGAGAAGACAAGAUGCCACUGGCCACACGGCGGCUGAGAGAUCCUGACAUAAAUCCUUGCUUGUCGGAAUCUGAUGCUUCUACCAGAUGUAUGGAUGAAAAUAACUAUGACAGGGAAAGGUGUUCCAGUUACUUCUUGAAGUACAAAAACUGCCGGCAAUUUUGGAAUUCUGUUAUGCUCCAAAGAAGACGAAACGGAAUUCAGCCAUAUAUGCCUACAGCAGCAGAAAGAGAUGAAAUUUUGGGAGCAAUGCGAAAGAUGCCUUACUGAACUAUUUGCAUUAAAAUUGUUUCUAUAACUUGA